CACCUGGUAAACCAAUUCUGACAGCACUUUACGACUAUCAGGCAAGAACAGAAUCAGAGACCUCCUUCCACAAAGGCGACCAUAUGGAACUUAUAGACGACUCACAUCCUGACUGGUGGCUAGUCAAAUUGGCAAAUGGCCAGGAAGGUUAUGUACCAUAUAAUUUUGUUGCCCGGUUGGACACGCUAGAGUCCCAAGACUGGUUUUUUGGCAAGAUUACCAGAAAGGAUGCCGAGAGGCUGCUAAAAGUUCCAUUGUCUCCCUUGGGAGCCUUCCUUGUACGAGAGAGUGAGACAGACCCAGGUUCCUAUGUCUUGUGUGUUCAUGACAUUGACUCCAGUCGAGGCGACUGCGUCAAGCACUACAAGAUCAAGAAGUUGGACAAUGGAGGCUGUUACAUCACGCCAAAGUCCCAGUUCACAACUCAUGCGGAAUUAAUCAGAUACUAUCAGAAUCGAGAGGACGGUUUGUGUAGGAGACUGACAUCUGUUUGCCCGAGGCCAAAACCUGUCAUGCAAGACUUGUCGGUGGAAACCAAAGACCUGUGGGAGAUCCCCAGACACACACUGCAGCUUCAAACUUUGCUAGGAUCUGGCCAGUUUGGUGAAGUUUAUAAAGGUACAUGGAAAGGUACCACGGAUGUUGCAAUAAAGACUCUGAAGCAAGGAUCAAUGAGCGUUGUCCACUUUUUACAGGAAGCACAGAUUAUGAAGAUGCUGCGACAUGAUAAGUUAGUCCGUUUGUAUGCGGUGUGCACGAAGGAGGAGCCAAUAUUUAUUGUCACGGAGCUGAUGGCCAAUGGUAGCCUUUUGGACUAUCUACGCAAUGAUAGACAUAGGCAGAUCACUCUGACCCACUUGAUAGACAUGGCCUCGCAGGUUGCUAGUGGCAUGGCCUAUUUAGAACAGAAAAACUUUAUCCAUCGAGACUUGGCAGCCAGAAAUAUUCUUGUGGGAGAGAACAACAUCGUCAAAGUUGCUGAUUUUGGCUUGGCCAGGAUUUUAGACAAUGAAGAAUAUAAUCCAAAAGUUUCACGAUUCCCAAUUAAAUGGACAGCCCCAGAAGCUGCUCUGCGGCAAAAGUUUUCUGUGAAGUCCGAUGUAUGGUCAUUUGGUAUAUUGUUGUACGAGCUGAUGACCAGAGGCAGGAUACCAUAUCCAGGCAUGGACAACAAGACUGUACUUGACCAGGUGGAGAGAGGCUACAGAAUGGACAAGCCUGCCAAUACGCCAGAUGGGGUUUAUACCAAAAUGCUCGAGUGCUGGUUGGAACGACCUGAGCAGCGGCCGACAUUUGAGCACUUGUUUGUUUAUUUUGACGAUUAUUUCAUUUCGGUAGAGCCAAACUAUAGAGAGGCUGAUUAA